AUGAAACGAUCUACUCCGCAACAUGGCGACCAAAGAGAGUUCGCGAUAGCCAACGUCCAGUGCCAAUACGAUGGCAGUGACUCAGAAAAGUCGGAAAGCUCGGUGCGAACCAGCGGAGUCUCCGCAGACCAUAAUUAUGACACGAGAGAUGAACCCCCUGCCUUUAUCAUACAACAGGUCUCCACGCCAGCACCAACUACGCAAACUCCAGGUCCUUACGUGGAAGUGAGACCGACUAUCAUGACUAUUGGUCCAGGAUACGUCCCCUCCGUCAAUGUUAUACACGUUGGAGAUAGACAAGCGACAGGUCAGUCUCAAGGAACAGAAUUUAAUAUGAACAAACGAAUCCGGCGCAGCGAAGUGGAACUUCGUCAAGCUGCCGAUUGCGUCAGCCGCGGCCUCACCUUCCAGACGGUGUCGGAGCAGUUCAACAUACCGAUAUCUACAAUACGUUUCUUCAUGGCGCGAAAAGGAAUUCUCCCACGACGAAGGAGAGGCCGGAGUACGCAAUUUAAUCGCCAAUCUACGAGCCCGGAGCCCCCGUUCCACAUGCAGCACUUCAAGCUGCCAAAUAUGCUUGCUCUGCCAGUGGAAGACGACACACCGCCGCAAACUUAA